AUGCUCUUCAAUCCGCGUGCCAUUGACAUGCUCUUGGAGAACCCAUUUCGCAAAGACAAUUCUGUCCCCUUCGGGCCUCGCCACUCCGGCAAGUCCUCGCCCUCCUUUUUGACGCACAUCUCCACCACACUCAACCCUUCCCACGCCGCGCCGUUUUUGACGACCCUUGAUAUCUGGACUGGUGACCUCGUAUCGACCACUGCCCACCUUACCCUUGCUUUCCCCCUCGCUGUGCUGGGACUGCAUCACAAUCUCAGGGUAAAAAGUCCCCACGGCCUCACGGUCAUAACCUCCAAAGAUAAAAUCCACCCUCUCGAGCCCCUUUUCCUGCGUCGCACCACUGAGAAGGAGGUCCUCCGCCAGUCUCAUAUUCGUCACGGCAACCACAAGAUCAACCCUAAGCCAAUCUUGUACUUUCUCUGCUGCCGGAUAUCAAAGACGCGUUGGGCUGAAGGAGAUACCAGCGCGGCGGCGGGGGACACGACGAGAUUGGUCUUGGGGGCGGAGAUACCGGCGUCUUGAAAGCAAAAUGCGGAGGACUGUGCUUCUGAGGAGCGAUGUUUGGGAGAGGCAGAAGCCAGCCCGAACGGGGGAAAGGUAGGCUCUCUGGGGGAGCUGCUGGGGGUAUCUAAUAUCAGCCAGUACACGGCACACAGAAAUGACAACGGGAGUUGGGAACAUGCCAGAGAUGCAGCACACUACAUCAAUGGGCAGCUGUGAUAAAACAGUCGUGAUCCCCUCCGCAUUUGUAGUGGCUUGCCCGUUCGGGGUAGCUGGGGCAAAGACGCCACUGCUGAGAACCACAAUCGGGGUGGAGGAGUUUUUAGGAUUGCCCCGGAGUUCAACCUUCAAGGGGUUCCCCCCGU